AUGAAUAGCUAUCAUAAAAGUGUUCAGAUCGCACCUAGUGGAGCAGGCUAUUUUAAUAUUGGUGUAUGCUACUUUCAAAUGGGCAAGUAUAAAGAUGCCAUUCAAUCCUUUGAGCGUUCACUUGAAUAUACACCCAACUCAGCUGAUGCUCAUACGAAUAUUGCCUCUGCUUUCUUGAUGUUGAGAGAUACAAAGCAAGCGAUCAGGCACUUGGAACAAGCUUCCAACUUUAAUCCAUUGGAUGGUGAAGUUCAGUAUAAUUUAGCUUGUGUUUAUGAAGCAGUUGGCAGAUUGGAUGAUGCCAAGACUAGAUUUGAAAGAGCAGAGAUAUUGGGCAUUGAUAAGGCUCAAACAGCAUUAAAGAAAUUGGAAAAGAAGAUUACAGAUACGACCAGUUAA